CAGGCCAUGAGCGGAGAAUAAUUUUCGAGAAAAUUUACCGCAGAGCGCGCGCUCCGUUUUCAGUUCAAAAGUAAAGCUUGUGCGGUUCGGUUCAGUCUCUCCAAACGCAGAAAAUAAAUUAAUAUAGUUAGAUAAAAUGGCAGGAGGCAAAGCUGGUAAAGAUUCCGGAAAGGCCAAGGCGAAGGCCGUCUCACGUUCGGCCCGUGCCGGUCUCCAGUUCCCCGUUGGCAGAAUUCAUCGACACCUGAAGAACCGCACGACCAGCCACGGACGCGUUGGUGCCACUGCUGCCGUCUACUCCGCCGCUAUCCUGGAAUACCUGACAGCUGAGGUGCUGGAGUUGGCAGGAAACGCCUCCAAGGAUCUGAAGGUGAAACGUAUCACCCCCCGCCAUUUGCAGCUCGCCAUCCGCGGAGACGAAGAGUUGGACAGUCUGAUCAAGGCAACGAUCGCCGGCGGUGGUGUCAUCCCGCACAUCCACAAAUCGCUGAUCGGCAAAAAGGGUGGCCCCGAAUAACCGGCUUAAAGAGUGACACGCGUAAUAAGGAUACACAACAGAUACAAAACACCGUGUACACACCACCACACAACCACCAACCCCCAAUAACCAACAGCAACCAAAUCCCCCACACUCUUGAUUUGAUAACAGCAGCAGCAGCAGCAUAACUGAAAUCCACAUUUUGAAACAUUCGACGAAUAGUAGCCACAAGUUCGCAUAAGAAAUAAAAGGAAAAAUCACUGACAACCAGUACCAUCAUCAACGAGACAGAUUAACCAUUUCUAUGCUUCAAACGCCUAGAUGCAUCCGGCGAUGGAGAGAUUGCUAGAUUACUCGAUCAGUAAUGAUCUCCCAUCGAGAGGUUUAUUUUUUUUCUCAAGUUCUAUAUUUGAAAAUGUAAAAUGUAGUAUUUUUCUUUACCUGUUAGAAGAAAAGUAGUAAGAGUCACACAAACGUCAGCGUUUCAGCUUGUACGUCCCCUAUUUUAAUCGUUUUAUUGAUUGCAAUUAGAAUCGAAUUCGAGUUGAUCGGGUUUGCGCGUUUCCAGCAUCAUCCGUAAAUGAAUGUGUUAAGUAGAAACAGAAAACCAAAUCUGGAAAGAGAGAGCAUUUUUUCUUCUGCGAGUUUGUGGGGGUUUACUUGAGUUAUUUGUAGGGCAUUUCGACAACAACAACUACCAACAGCAAAAAUCCAUAUAUUAAAAUAGAGGACAGCAUACACAAUAUCUUUAACUAAUUUUUAACGCAAAUUGAGAGAGUAAACUAACAAAAAAAAAAUGAGAGAAAAACAACAAAACGGAUACAACCUAGAGUACAUAAGUUAAGUGCGUUUUUUCUUAUUAUAUUUUCGAUGAAAAAUAAUAAAUUUUACUAUUAAGAA